AGAGAGAGAGAGAGAGAGAGAGAGAGAGAGUCGGUUGAUCUCAGCUUCGAAGUACACACAACGUGAUAGACUCUACUAGUGUUUCUUUUUCCCCUUCAAGUUUCAACUGUCCGACUCCAAAUCGUCAAACCCCACCUCUCUCCCUCUAGAAACCCCUUCUCUCUCGAAAACCCUCUGUAAUUUAGAUCUCACUUACAAUGAGCAAGACCUCAAUAAUUAUAUACAUAACUAUAGCUCUACUUUUUCUUUUACUAGUAACUCAAACUCCGAAUAAACCAUCAAACCACCGCAACCGCCGCAUCAAGAUCCGCUCUAAAUUCGACUUCGAACCCCGCCACCACAACCACCACCAUGAACCGGUGCCUUUUGACCCCCUUGUUGCUGACAUUGAACGCAAACGUGAAGACAAGGAAUGGGAGAAACAGUACUUUGAACAUUCACAUCCUGAAUUUGUUCAUGACUCAGCUGCUGCUGGUCACGAGUCACAGCCCGAGUGGGAGGAUUUUAUUGAUGCUGAAGACUAUGUGAAUGAUGAAGAGAAAUUUAAUGUCACUAAUAGGUUGUUGGUGUUAUUUCCAAAGAUUGAUGUGGAACCAGAUGAUGGUUAUGUGAGUGAACAUGAAUUGACUGAGUGGAAUUUGAAACAAUCUGAGAAGGAAGUUAUGCAUAGGACUAAAAGGGAGAUGGAUGUUCAUGAUAAAAAUCAUGAUGGGUUUGUUUCAUUUGCGGAGUAUGAGCCGCCCAGUUGGGUACGGAAUUCAGACAAGAAUUCUUUUGGUUAUGAUAUGGGUUGGUGGAAAGAAGAACAUUUCAAUGCAUCAGAUGCAGACGGAGAUGGCUUUCUGAAUAUAACUGAGUUCAAUGACUUUCAACAUCCUGCUGACAGCAAAAACCCAAAGCUACUUCAAUGGUUGUGCAAGGAGGAAGUAAGGGAAAGAGAUUCUGACAAAGAUGGCAAGGUUAACUUUCAAGAGUUUUUCCACGGGCUAUUCGAUUUGGUGAGAAAUUAUGAUGAAGAAGGUCAUAAUUCUUCACAUCUGUCAGACAAUUUAAUGGAGGCCCCUGCUAAGAAGUUGUUCGAUGAGCUAGACAAAGAUGGUGACGGAUUUUUGUCAGACAUAGAAUUGCUACCUAUAAUUGGGAAACUUCAUCCAUCAGAGCGUUAUUAUGCAAAACAACAAGCUGAUUACAUCUUGUCACAGGCUGAUACGGAUAAAGAUGGACGUCUAUCCUUGACAGAGAUGAUUGAGAACCCAUAUGUAUUUUACAGUGCUAUUUUCAGUGACGAAGAUGACGACUAUGACAUACAUGAUGAGUUCCGUUAAUUUCUGCUAGGCAGGUGGAUAUUUCUCAAAAAAAGAAAACAGCAGUAGAACUCAUUCUUUUGUGGUUUAUACAUUGGUAAUGAUAAAGUUUUUACAACGAUCACGAGGAUUGCGCACCACAACUUUCUUUUUUGAUUGCUAUGGAGCCCAACUCAUUCUGUAGUGAAAUUUACCACUGGAUCAUUUAGUUGGACUAUCGACUUUCUGGCAAAAAUUUGUUGAAUUGCGCUUGUUUUUUAGAAUUUUGGUUUUCAAUUUGUGAUAUUUCUAUCUAGUCAACAUGCAAGUAUGUAUUAUAUAAGACUUAACAUCAUUAAUUGUUUAGAGCGAGGUAAUUUGAAGCAACAGACAGUAGCUUUUGUACACUGUCAAAAAAUGAGUUUCUAAGAGUUUCAGCCAUGGCGUUGCAUUCGACUAGUGCAAAUAUAGCUUUUUUUGUUAUUCUUA